AUGGUGACCUAUUUAAAAGUAUUUAAAGAUUGGGUAAAAUACCAGAAGAAUGUCUAUAACACUCUUGGACGAAUGGAGAUUUUUCGGAGACUUUUACGCGAAGGAAAUGUCCGAGUAGGUGCUUCGGUAGGAACGGAUAAAUACGGCAAUGAAUACUACGAGAAUAACUAUUAUUUCAUGGGAAGAAAUCGUUUUGUGAAGUAUCCGUACAAGGACCAUCGUUUGUCGUUUGAUGCGAGCGAAAUUCCACCAGAAUGGCAUAGAUGGAUGCAUUAUAUGACCGAUGACCCGCCAAAUAAAGUCGUUCCCGAGCAAAGAAAAUGGAUGGCUGACCAUGAAGUGAAUUUUUCUGGAACUGACAAACGUUAUGUGCCCUACAGCACAACAAGACCAAAGAUUGAAGCAUGGCAGCCUCCGAGGAACUAG